CAGCGCGCCCUGAACGCGCCAAUAAUUCCCUUUACCUUUACCCUUUGAACGACCAUUUAUACCUGCUCUCUUCUGUUGUUUCUCCAGUCUGGCUCCUUUACUUGGAUAUGCCACCUAAACGAAAGCGUGCGGACGCAGACCCCCAAGGGGCUCCUGCAACUCGUUCGACGCGAAGCUCAGCGCGGACCGGUCAAAACGCCACAACAAGUGUAGCCAGUGUUGGAGCCUCUGUCGCAAAAGACAGUUCUGCAGAUGGUGUAGAUGUGGCUCCGCCUCAAAAGAAAACAAGAAACACCGGAACGAAAGCAACGUCAAGAGCAAUAAAAACAACUACAAAAGGUCGUACCAAUACGACGAUUGCUAAUGAUGAUAAACUCGCCUCGACUAGGUUUGCAUUGAACGACGACGAAGUAGAUGAGAUAAACACGGUGGCGCCCAAGGAAUCCCAAGAAGCCCCCACCGAACCGUAUGUCCCUCAGCGGGCGCAAGUCCUGUUCAACUCAUUUGCCGAUGAAGACGACCGCGAUGUGAUUGGACCAGGAGGACUGGAAAAAUUAUCUAAAGAGUAGCGAAAUGGGCAAGUUCACGAGGGCAGAAUGGUUGCAUGGAAUGGGGUUACUUGAAAUCUCCUCAUUGCCAGUUCUAGCUCAAGCCUUGAGAGAGCUUGAAGAUCUUCUUAUUCGUGAUAAGCAGGCGCUUGCUCGCUCGGCUUCCAUUUCGAGUCAAGCAAGGAAGCGUGGUAUUGCGAGCACAAAAGAGCCCUACAAUCGAACUCGUUACAGGGAGUAUGCUUCUGACCGCAAGACUGCUUUCGCAGAUCUCUAUCAGUUUUGCUUCACGCUUG